AGCGAAGGUCGUUGAAUAAACCUGCUGCCGGUGUCAUGAUGACUGUCAUACAAACGCUUGGUGUGCUGGUGACAUUACAGUAAGGAACUACCUUUCCCCUCAUUCUGGCGGACUUCAUUUUGACACAUUUUCUCAGUACUCUAAAGCUCGAAACUCGAAAAGGGUCGUUUUAUUGACCUCAUAUUUUUGAGGUUUUUUUUAAACGGGUCCAUUUAAAAAAGACGGAAGAGUCUAGAAUAACCGGGUCACUGUAUCACUCCCAUCAGUUUAACCUUACACGACAUGAGGAGUUUACCGUAUUUCUGCCGAGGAAAAGUCAUCCACGGGUUUGGACGAGGAAGUAAAGAUCUGGGAAUCCCGACAGCCAACUUCCCAGAGUCGGUGGUGGACGGUCUCCCUGCUGACAUCAACACUGGUAUAUACUACGGGUGGGCACGUGUGGGUAACGGAGACGUUCACAAGAUGGUCAUGAGCAUUGGCUGGAAUCCUUACUACAAAAACAGGAAGAAAUCAAUGGAAACGCAUGUGAUCCACACGUUCAAGGAAGAUUUCUAUGGCCAGAUAUUGAGUGUGGCUAUGAUCGGUUACAUUCGUCCUGAGAAAGGAUUCGCAUCACUCGAUGAGUUAAUUUCAGCGGUUCGCAGUGACAUUGAAGAGGCAAAGACAAAGCUGGAUCUUCCGGAACACUUAAAACUGAAGGAGGAUAACUUCUUCAAAACAUCAAGAUCUACAACAGCCGAUCAGAUCAUGAACGGGCACAGAUUAUAAUAUUAUGAUGGUCUCUCUGCAGUUUAUUGUUUUUGUAUUUAAAAAAUAUCCCGGUUAUAUUUUGAUUAUUUUAUUAUGUUGUGGAAAGAGGGAUUUAAGGUUUCAUAAAGCAGAACCACUGAUGUUUCUCUUCAGUUUACGUGAAAUGCCUCAAUUGGAAGUCGAAUCAUAUCCCGCGAGAAAAAAAAAUUGCUUACGUAAUGUUACACAUUGUGAAUGGGAGAUUUCUUUCCAGAAUAUGCUCAGUUUACCAGAUACGUUUAGUCGGGGAGUUGAAACAAAAUUCAUCUUUCUGCUGUAAUUCCUCUUUAAAUGAAUCAUUCUGUAUCUCCGAUAGGGAAUUUCUUCGACACAAAACGAGUGGUUUUUAUAUGGUUCUCACAGAACCGCGGUGUGCCCUGAGGUGGAAGUCCAAGACUGAGAUAAAAAAGAGCCCCUCAAAAAAAAAGAGCGACUGGUUACACAGAUUGCAGUGACUGAAUCUAAAUUUGGCUGUACAUAAUUAUUAAAGUGAAUUGUAUUUAUCUUUUUAAUAUUUACGAGCGUAUACAGAUGCCCUGUUUAGCAAACAAUUGUAUCAGUGAUAGACCUUCACCUAAAAUAACCUCUGCCUUUUUUCAUGUAAUCUGGUUAAACGUUUUUACAGAGACUCAACAGACAGGAGUUUGGUCAACUGGUUGUCAGUUAACGUUAGUUCUGUUGCUGCUGGUAUAGUAUCAAACUGUAGCAGUUCUCUGUUAAAUCUGUAUGAUGGUACUUUCACAAUCAUUUAAUGUUUAGGUGCUAUUAUUUAGACUUUGGGCAUUAACCAAUGUUUUCUCAAAUGUAAAUAAUUUGCUUAUGUCAGGACGGUGCCUUAAAUAUGAUGAAUCGCAACACUAGAAACAGUUACUGCACAACCAGGCAUUCCAUUAAGCUUGACUAAUAAUUCAAAAACAAUGCCUUGUUUGUGUUUUGUUUUAAUGUUGUCUGUUUACAGAUCUAUGGAAUCAAAACAGGGCAACUCUUUCUUGAUGUCACAUACAUCGAAUUAUUUCGGGUUCUAUAAUAAUAAUAAAGCAUUCAUUAGAAAUAAGUUUGUCGUUCAUUGCUUG